AUGGCAACAUCAGACGCAAAGGACUACAUUUCAGUGGCCGAUUUUUAUGCGGGAAAAUCUGUUUUUGUUACUGGCGCUACAGGAUUUCUCGGCAAACUACUGGUAGAAAAAUUGUUGUGGUCAUGUCCAGGAAUAGAAAAUAUUUUUCUAUUGAUACGACGUAAGAGAAAUGAAGAUGAAGAAAGUCGUCUAGCAACAGUUCUAGGUACUCCAGUAACAUCACAAUUUAGCGUACAUGGAAGUACAGCUGGUUAUAAUCCUUCCCCAGUGAGCAGUAUCUCACCAUUUAGGGCGAAUAUUCCACUCAGUUCCUGCUUCCGGCAACGACGGAGACUAAUGGCAGGGAGUUCUCAGGUCUUCGAUCGCUUACGCAAAUACAGACCUAAUGAUCUGAAGAAGAUUGUUGUAAUAUCUGGCGACUUAUCGAAACCAUUUUUAAGCAUCAGUCUGAAAGACCAAGAAAUAUUAAUUAGAACAGCUUCUAUAGUAUUCCAUGUUGCAGCGACAGUACGAUUUAAUGAACCACUGAAAGAGUCAGUAACUGUAAAUACUACCGCUACAAAGUACCUUGCUGAAUUCUGCUCGCGGAUGCCAAAUAUCAAGGCAUUUGUCUACAUUUCAACUGCAUACAGCAACUGCGAUCGCGAUGAAGUCGGUGAAGAAUUUUAUAAUGCUGUUCAUGAUCCAGAAACUAUCAUUCGUCUCGUCGAAGUAAUGGAUGGCGAUAUUAUCGAUGCACUCACUCCAAAGUUAUUGGGUAAACGACCAAACACGUACACCUACACGAAAGCUUUGGCCGAGAAUGUGCUUCAGGAACAUAACAAGAAACUUCCUAUUGUGGUAGUUAGACCAUCCAUAGGUCAGUAUUUGAAAACUAAAGAUUUUCAAAAACGGAAACUUAAAACCUUUUGUAAUAAAUUCACUACAUUUAAUACAACCAAUCACAUUAUCGUUUCAGUUUUAUCAACAAUUAAUGAACCAAUGCCUGGAUGGAUUGACAGUUGGAACGGCCCUUCACCUUUCGUAGCAGCUGGGGCCAAAGGGCUUCUUCAUGGAAUGGCAGGAGAUGCAAGCAUGGUUGCUGACGUUAUUCCAGCAGACAUAGUUGUAAAUCUCACCAUAUGUGCUGCAUGGCGCACAGCCUUGAAGACAGGAAUUGAAAAUAUUGAAGUGUACAAUUGUUGCACCGGUGAAAGAAAUCCCGUCACAUGGGGAACUUUUUUGAAAUGCUGUUAUGAAGCAUCGUUAAAAAAUCCUCCCGACGAAUUAAUUUCUUAUCCAUUCUUUUCUUUGCAACGCCAUCAAUGCAUUCGCUUCAUCCAGAAGCUAUUUUUCGAGCAAUUACCUGCUUUCUUUAUAGAUUUGAUUUAUCAUCUUGCAGGAAAAAAGGCAAUUAUGUUAAAUAUUCAUGCCAAAUUAAUAAGAGUGAAUGAUGCACUAUUAUUUGCAUUAUUGCGACAAUGGAAGUUUCGAGACAACAACACGCAUAAUUUAUUGACUUUCUUGAAGAAAGAAGACCAACAGAUUUUUCCAUUUGAUGUGUGUAACAUUGAUUGGCCAUCAUUUCUCGAAACGUACUAUCUGGGAAUACGACAUUAUCUACUCAAGGACAGCCCUAAUUCU